GUUAUAAAAGGACAAGCACACACGAACGGAUGCCACGCCAGAAAUUGUCUCACCUCACACACACACAUUACGUUCUUCUUCAACUCUCGGCUCUCCGUUUCUCCGUCCUUCCUUUCAUCAGAAUCUGCAAACUUUUUUUUGCAAGUAUGAGCUUCAGUGGCGCUUCUGCUGGUUCAGUUCAAUUUUUAGGUGGAAAUGCUGCAAGAAAGGCAUACGAGUUUGGACGGACUUAUGUGGUUAGGCCCAAAGGCAAGCACCAGACAACUGUAGUUUGGCUGCAUGGCCUUGGUGAUAAUGGGGGAAGCUGGUUUCAAAUUUUGGAGACAAUUCCUUUGCCUAAUAUUAAAUGGAUAUGUCCAACUGCUCCUUCACGGCCCAUUAGUUUAUUUGGUGGCUUUCCUUCUACUGCUUGGUUUGAUGUACAAGAGCUAUCUGAAGAUGCUCCAGAUGAUCAGGAGGGACUGGAUGCUACAGUAGCGCAUGUGGUAAAUUUACUGUCUACUGAGCCCACUGACAUUAAACUUGCUGUUGGUGGCUUCAGUAUGGGUGCAGCAGCCGCCCUCCAUACUGCUAUGUGUCACGUGUCUGGAAAAUAUUCUAAUGGAAACGAGUUUCCAGUCAAUCUAAGUGCAGUUGUUGGGCUAAGUGGCUGGCUUCCUUGUGCUAAGAGCUUGAGCAACAAGCUAUCUGCUAACGAGGCUCCAAAUCGUGCUGCAUCUUUACCUAUAUUGCUUUGUCACGGCAAAGCUGACGAUGUUGUUCAAUACAAGUUCGGAGAGAAGUCUUCGAAAGCGUUGGCUUCUAGUGGCUUUGGUGACGUCACAUUCAAGUCAUAUGCUGGGCUUGGCCAUUACACACACCCUGAAGAGAUGCAAGAUAUUUGUAGUUGGCUCAAAACAAAAUUGAAUCUUGAUGGUUAAUGAGCACUUAGCAUGCCCAACGCAGCGGGCAUGGGAAACUGAUAAAAGAUCGGGGGAUUUCAUUUUACUCUUUUACAGUGAGAGAUCAUAGGUGUUAGCUUCAGAGUUUUACCCAUGUUUUCUCUGUUUUGAUUGUUUUACAUGUUAGUUUGUAUCUGGACCGACGGUGUUGGUGAACUAACCAAAUUUGCACUUUGAUUUGUUAGCUUAUAUGAUAAUUUAGUGAUGCAUUUUUUUGUGGGUGGAGAAAAA